AUAUAAACAUUUUUAAAGAAGCCUGUUAAACGGUAGCUAAACACGCUCAUCGUCAUCACUGUCGACGGAUUUCAAUAGUGUGUACUGCUUUUGGAAAAUCAAACGUUCGUUUGUUUUACAUAAUCAUCACUUGAACAAAAUAUUUUAUUUCAUCGAUCGUUUACUAAAACCGGAAGUCAAGCGAUCUUGUUGCGUCUCGUUCGCUUGCAAGGACAGCGUUUCGACAAAGCUCUCUUUUGAUCGUAUCUGCUGCAGUCGUGACGCACGGCGUGCCUGUGGCGAUGGAAAUCCUGGGUACACGAGUUGUACGUGGACGAGAUUGGGAAUGGGGGAAUCAGGAUGGCGGAGAAGGUUGCGUAGGAACUGUGGUUGAAAUUGGUCAAGACAAGAAAUCGCCUUUCACCGCUCAGCUUGUUUGGAUUCAGUGGGAUUGUGGGACUAAAGCAAACUACAGGGCUGGCUUCGAUGGAAAACACGAUCUCCGUGUGUUUGAAACCAGAAAUCAAGGGGUAAGGCACGUUUAUGUCCGUUGCGAUGGCUGCAAUCAAGAUCCUGUUGUUGGUUUGCGCUGGCGCUGUUUAAACUGCGCAAACUAUGAUCUCUGUACUACGUGUUACAUGACAGAUAUCCAUGAUACCACUCAUCGUUUUGAACGUAUUGACAAGAGUCGUGCGAAAGGGACAUACUGUCACAUGACAAAUGACCACAAAGGAUGGACGCUUAUCGCUCGAUUCGCAAACAACGACGACAAAAACUGGAUGCGUGACGACGGACUUUGGUGGCAUGACCAGCACGUUGCCAUGGAAACAACCACAGAUCCAUCCAUUGACUCUGACAUGGUCUCACCGGCGUUUUGGUUGGUCAGUGGCAGAGCGUUUAAGAUCGCGCACAGUGGCGACCCCAGUCACACUCCUUUGUUACAGACCACAGGUGACGGUUUGGCUGGACAAACAUUCCGAUCAAAAAUCACAAACUAUGGCGACUUUAGAGAUGGCAGAGUUUGGGCCAGUAACCAGUGCUUAGGAAGCUGCAUUGUUCAAUAUGGUGGUCAGCACAACUCAACAGACGGGUUUCAACAGGCUGAGUGCAGUGGUGAAAUUCAAAGCGCUAACAUCAUCGGCUUCUGGUGUGACUGGAUUAAUGGUGAUGGAUCAGUGAUGAUGAUCGGUGGAGGAGGAAGUUCUUGUGCACCUGGUGAACACGGGAUUGGAAUACCAGAAACUAAAUCUGCCUCGUUUGACGAAAUGUUUAUCGGUAAAGUUGGCGUUGUACAAGGUUUCACCGCUAAUGGAGAUGUUGUUGUCGAGUAUCGUGACAGAAGAUGGCGUUACAAUCCAGCGGCGUUAACAAAGAUACAACAAUUUAAGCGUGGUGAUGAGGUCGCAGUCAAAAGUGACAAAAAGGUUGUUAAAAAACUCCAAGAGGGGCAUGGUGGCUGGAACGAAGCAAUGAUUUCAAUCCUUGGUCGUACCGGUAAGGUACUUGAGGUUGAUGGUAACGGUGAUAUCCUAACGUUAGUGGAAGGUGACAAAUGGAUGCUCAAUCCAGCUGCUGUGACAUACGUCACUGAACCAGAACCCAGUCAGAGCAGUAGUGAUGAAAGCAACGAAGAUCCAUUGGGAUUUUUCAGUCUUUUCAGAGAUUUUCUUCUGCGACACGCCAGUGAACAAGGAAAUUCAAAUCUCGUGAACGCUGCUAAAACAAACCAACUAUCAAGAGUCAAAGAGAUCCUUGAUGAUCAACCAGAAGUGAUCGAUGAAAUAGAGGGUGGUCAUACAGCCCUUCAUUUAGCUUGUCACGAGGGACACUGUGAUAUUAUAAGAGAGUUACUAGACAGAGGUGCCAACAGGAAUGUACUGGACAGUCAGGGAUACACAGCUAUGCACCACUCCACUUAUGCGGACCGGAGUGGUGAAGCAGUGAAGCUUUUAUUGGAGAAAGGUUUCGACCCAAAUGUGCAGCACAGCAGUAACAGAAGUACACCGUUACAUUUGGCUGUGAAAAGAGAUAAUGAAAUGGCUGUACGGAUACUUACACAGUGCUCUGAGUGUAAUGUUAAUCUACAGGAUGAAGCUGGUGACACCCCCCUUCAUGACGCCAUCUCUGGUCAGAAGCAUAGCAUGUUUGAUAUGCUGUUAGAUAACGCGAGGCUCUCCCUGACAGUUUCCAAUAGAGGAGGAUUCAAUUACCUUCAGUACGCUAUUCUGAAAGGAAAUAAGCGAGCUGUGGAAAAGCUUCUUGCAAAGGCCGGCGAUAUCUUGAAUGUUGCAAAAAGUGACGGAUUUACAACCCUUCAUAUUGCAGCAAUCAAUGACCACCGCGAAAUAGCCAAAAUCCUCCUGAAGCAGCCUGGGUGUGAUGUCAAUGCGCUUACAGUUGAAAAUCAAUCAGCACUUCAUCUGGCCACUAAUGAAGGUUACUCGGACAUGGUCGAAAUCCUUCUCGAUCAUGGAGCAGAUGUAAAUUCUGUCGACAAGGACGGAGAUACAGCAUUGCACAUUGCCCUGGCUAAAGAGUCCUUGGUAGGAACAGAUUUAAUGAGUCAAAUGCCUAGUCUUCAGUUACUGUUACGAGUUCACGGAGACAGUCGUUCCUACGCAACUGUUACACGCUGCUUGUUAAGUUACGGAGCUGAUGUGUUCAAGGUGAAUGGAAGAGGCGAAACCCCACUUCAUAGAUGUCAAGGGUCAGAAGUUGAACAUCUCAUUCGAGAGAUUGCGGCAUCUGGCGGGACUUCACAGAUUAGGAAAGUUCCGAGCUUUGGGGCUACAAACCCAUCCUCAAACAGACAAAUAAUGAAUAGUACUAGGUUAGCCAAAAAGGCAGGAGGGACCCAAAGAGAUGUGGAAAGAAACAAGCCAAGUACAAGUGAAGCUAAUAGCAAGCAAGAGGAUAUAAAUGAGGACAACGGCGACAUCACCGUCCAAGAUCAACCUGUUCAGGCCACAGAGGGGCAGGAAAAUCAGGGGGAGGAAGACGAUCAAGGUGCUGUAAAUGUGGCGAUGGACGAGGACGUUAAUAUCGUGGAAAAUUCUGUCGACGGAGAGCCCUCGUACCAGGACAGUCAGGGAUACACAGCUAUGCACCACUCCACUUAUGCGGACCGGAGUGGUGAAGCAGUGAAGCUUUUAUUGGAGAAAGGUUUCGACCCAAAUGUGCAGCACAGCAGUAACAGAAGUACACCGUUACAUUUGGCUGUGAAAAGAGAUAAUGAAAUGGCUGUACGGAUACUUACACAGUGCUCUGAGUGUAAUGUUAAUCUACAGGAUGAAGCUGGUGACACCCCCCUUCAUGACGCCAUCUCUGGUCAGAAGCAUAGCAUGUUUGAUAUGCUGUUAGAUAACGCGAGGCUCUCCCUGACAGUUUCCAAUAGAGGAGGAUUCAAUUACCUUCAGUACGCUAUUCUGAAAGGAAAUAAGCGAGCUGUGGAAAAGCUUCUUGCAAAGGCCGGCGAUAUCUUGAAUGUUGCAAAAAGUGACGGGUUUACAACCCUUCAUAUUGCAGCAAUCAAUGACCACCGUGAAAUAGCCAAAAUCCUCCUGAAGCAGCCUCGCUGUGAUGUCAAUGCGCUUACAGUUGCAAAUCAAUCAGCACUUCAUGUGGCCACCAAUGAAGGUUACCCGGUUAUGGUUGAAAUUCUUCUGGAUCACGGAGCAGAUGUAAAUUCUGUCGACAAGGACGGAGAUACAGCAUUGCACAUUGCCCUGGCUAAAGAGUCCUUGCUAGGAACAGAUCUAAUGAGUGAAAUGCCUAGUCUUCAGUUCCUGUUACGAGUUCACGGAGACAGUCGUUCCUACGCAGCUGUUUCACGCUGCUUGUUAAGUUACGGAGCUGAUGUGUUCAAGGUGAAUGGGAGAGGCGAAACCCCGCUUCAUAGAUGUCAAGGAUCAGAAGUUGAACAUCUCAUUCGCGAGAUUGCGGCAUCUGGCGGGAGUUCGCAGAUCAGGAAAGUUCCAAGCUUUGGGGCUGCAAACCAAUCCUCAAACAGACAAAUAGUGAACAGUAGUAGCUUAGCUCAAAAGGCAGAAGGGACCCAAAGAGAUUUGGAAAGUAACAGGCCAAGUACAAGUGAAGCUUAUAAUAGGCAAGAGGAUGUAAAUGAGGACUGCGGCGACAUCACUGUCCAAGAUCAACCUGUUCAGGCUACAGAAGAGCAGGAAAAGCAGGAGGAGGGAGAAGAUGGAAGUGCUGUAAAUGUGGCAAUGGACGAGGAAGUUAAUAGCGUGGAAAAUUCUAUGGAUGGAGAGCCCUCGUACCAAGAAAAUAUCGUCCUGGAAGUGACUAAUCAAGUGCAAGAAGAACUUUCGGACACAGAAGUACUAAACAACAGCACCGAUGAAGAUGUCGCAAUGGCUGUGGAUAACGAAGUCGCAGAAAAUGACCAGAGCUUAGGUCAAGGUCUGGAAACAGAGGCUGAUGGCAACGAGGAACAUAUGGAUCAAGCAAAAGAAAUUAUAGAAAGUGAAAAUCUGCUGUCCUGUAAUGAACAAAAACCACAAUGUCAGAUAUGCGAGGAGAAUAAGGCUGUCGUUGCAUUUAAACCCUGCGGCCACACUGUAGUGUGUCUAGAAUGUGCGCCUCGAUUAAAGCGAUGUUUGGAAUGCAAAACUGCUAUUACUGGAAAAGGAAUGAGAGGUAAUAUGCAUGGAUUCUUUUAUACAAUGCAUUCUCGAGGAAGACUUUCUAAGACCAGGGCGUUGCCUGACCAGCAAGGUCAUGAACUGGAUCUGAGCGUUUAAGGGUCUUCUUUGAUCAGUAUCGAGUGACAUUUAUUGACGUUCUUGGUGAUAAUUGCACUAACAGUAAGACCAUUUACUGUGCCCCUAGUCAACGAGUGGUUUUCAAAACAAAUUUAUAUCGUUUUGGGAACAAAUGAAUUAAACUUGACGGUGCUGUUGCUACAUAACACUGUGCUGCUGGUAAAAAGUAACCCGCCAUCACCGGUAUCACAGAGCUAUCACAUUCAAAAUUGUAGUUUAAAUCAACCAAUCACAUUCAAAGUUGUAGUUUAGUGGUCAAUUCCUCCUUUGUCAG